UAUGGUAGCCGUCCCAACUAGCGGCUCGUAAAGCAGGAAUCCAGACGGGAUUAUCAGCAGCAGACACCGCCGAGCUGCCAAGUGAUAUCUCCGGCUACAAUUCACCUCCGACACUCGGACCUCCAUCCAGACCGACGUGAGGAGAGAGAGACUCUUUAUGGCAGCUGGCUGCACAGCCCUCCUACCCUCCCUGGUGCCAUGCAGCUGCAGCGUCAGUCAUCCCAGCCUCCACACUAACGCAAUGACGGAGGGAACCGAGCCUCCUCACGUACUGACACCAUGCUGAGGAAGGGUUCAAGGGCUGCAGGAAUUCUUAAAACCUUCCGUGGCACUUUCAUUUAUGAGACUUUCCAAACAUUUCUGUGACGUGGGAGCCGUGUAGAAGCAUACCUGCAGCUGGUCUGAACCUGGAGCUGGUCUGAACCUGGAGUCUUGCUAAGGGGCAGUUUGGUUGAUUGGAUGAACAAAUCUGAGAGGAUUGUCAGACUUCAUUUUUCACCUUUACUUCACAUUUUCAAGAGGAUGCGGAACUAAUAAGAAUUGAGACUUGUUAGAGUAGAAUACAUUUUUUUUCUGUAUUUGUGAACUAACUUCAGGUCUUCUGCAGCCUUAAUGGACCUGUUCAGCAGGUGUUGUCAGAUAGUUUUGUGGAAAAGUUAAAUCCUCAAGUCAAAGCUCGUCCACAUAACUUACGGGAGACGUUGGGAUCAUUCUGAAGCUAUGAUGGGGGCUGCCACCGUCACCUCGUGCAUCCGGACUGUUGCGGUCUAACAGACCUCUUGGGUCAGCCUAUACCAGCACCAUGGAUUACCAUGCUGAGUGCUGCCUCUGUGAUCCAGAGGAGGGUCACGGCGACCCAGACGAACCGCCGCUCCACAGUAUCCAUGCCCCUAACAGGAUGCGCCCAUCCUCGUAUCGAGCCCUGAGGAGCGCCGUUUCCAGUCUGGCUCGCAUUGAUGACUUCUUCUGUGAGAAGAUCGGUUCAGGCUUCUUCUCAGAGGUCUUCAAGGUGCAGCAUCGGAUCACAGGGCAGGUGAUGGCUCUGAAGAUGAACACGCUGGCCAGCAACAAAGCUAACAUGCUUCGAGAAGUGCAGCUCAUGAACAGGCUUUGCCAUCCCAACAUACUCAGGUUUCUCGGGGUUUGUGUGCAUGAAGGUCAGCUCCACGCUCUGACUGAGUACAUAAAUGGAGGGAACCUGGAGCAGCUGUUGGACAGCGAUCUGUACCUGUCGUGGGGUGUCAGGAUGGGUCUGUCUCUGGACAUCGCCCGAGGGCUGAAGUACCUGCACAGCAAGGGCAUCUUCCACAGAGACCUCACGUCCAAGAACUGUCUGGUCCGCUGUGAUAACGGCGUGUUCACGGCUGUGGUGGGAGACUUUGGCCUGGCAGAGAAGAUCCCUGAUUACAGUGACUGUGUGGAGAAGCAGCCUCUGGCCAUCGUGGGCUCCCCCUACUGGAUGGCUCCUGAAGUCCUGAGAGGAGAGCUGUACGAUGAGAAGGUGGACGUGUUUGCGUACGGCAUCAUCCUCUGUGAGAUCAUCGCACGGAUUGAAGCUGAUCCAGACUUCUUACCGAGGACAGAGGACUUUGGUCUAGACGUGGGUGCUUUUGAGAACUUGGUUGGGGAUUGUCCUCCUGUGUUCUUUAGCCUCGCUGUCACCUGUUGUAAUAUGAGUGCAGAGAGGCGUCCCUCCUUCUCCGACAUCGUCUUCACACUGGAGAGCAUAGAGCAAGAAGAAGACGCAGAGAAGCCCAUCGCACUCGAACUUGUGGCAGUAAAUGUCAGUCCAUACCGGCGCCUCAGCUCUCCUGGUCAACCCGGUGACCGCAGCCAGCAACGUCAAGGCUUGGCAAGGAGUCAGUCAGACAUGUUACCUCCAACAACACUGACCCAUCCUCUACUUGGGACCCCAGCGCGGGUCAACCCCUUCUCCCUCCGACAGGACCUAAACGGGGGGAGGUGUAAACUCUUAGACACGCCCAGCAAGUCUGUCAUCUCCCUGACUUUCACCCUCCCGGCGCUCUGCGACCCUUGUGCCUCCCCCCACCUCCUCAGAGGGAUGCCAGGGUCGAGAGCACCGCCGAGGAGAUGCCAGUCCCUCCCCUGUACCCCUGAGCUCAGCCGGACUGUAGCCUUGCCAAGAGACACAGGGCGUAUGGAGGAGGAAAAGUUUGAGGCCGUCAGAGUGGGAGUCGUUACAGGAAGGACAGGGGAAGAUGAGGAUUACAGCAUGAGGAAGAAAACAUCAGAGAAGGAUGAAAGGGUGCAGGUAGACCCCCUAAAGGUAACUGAGAACAGAGAGUUGUUAAAGGACGGGGGUGGGGUGGGACAGGAUUCAGGUUCUUCUGUCGGAUUGGAGACGGUGUCUCUCGAACGGUUAGAGGAGGAAGAGGAAGAUGAGGAGAGUGUAUGUCUAACAGAACCCAUGGACUGUACAAAGUCUCCAGAGCCAGCAGAGGGAGCCUUGGAAUCUACACCCGGUAGAGCCCUGCUCACCUCCACUUCCUCCUCCUUAUUACGGACCAAUGGCUGGCGACUUCCCAUUUCCAACGGACCACCCUCUUUGCCUCCUCUGCCACGACUGGACAACAACAACGGCUCCGCUGCUGUGAUUGGCCAGCAGGUGCAGUGGGGUGGAGGAGGGUGCUCAAAUGGUUACAGCCAAGCCCAAGUCCUCUCCUCGGAGGUCAGUGGCCCCUCUGAGCCGGAUGAGGUAAUUUCCUGUCCUGGCUGCUGUCUGGUGGGUCUGAGUUUCCCCUCGGUGUGCCUCCGUGGUUUAGCUGCCGUGCCUACCCCCCGUCGAAGGGCUUCGUUACCACGGCAGCGCCCCUUCCAGAACCUCAACGGUACCAUAACUGGUGGCAGCGCUUCAUCAACAACAGCAGCAGCCACAGCAACCAAAGCUCUACUCUGUCGCAGCUCGAACGGACUCGUAGUAGCCGGACCCUCUGUCACAUGUGAGCCAAGCCGUUCCCUGCCAGAGGCCCAGACAUAAGCACCAGCAUAUAAUGUUGAUGCACAACGGAGCAACUCCAAAUGUUGCUUUGCUAAUACUGAGAACCUAAUACUGACCCCAGCGAAUAAGAUGUGUUGUUAAUCCAGCACAGUUACAGCACGCAGUAGAUGUUGUUGAUUGAGUGCCACCGUGGAGGGGUUGAGGAUUUAAUCACAAAAAUAUCACAGUGACACUAACGAACACGGCAGUUUGAAGUAAGAGGGUUUGAAGGCAAACUUUGAACACUUCAACAAGACAGGUUUAAACUAAAGCAGUAACCGACUCAGAAUUUUGUCAGGCGAAUCAAAUUUGGCUUUAUAUAGAGUUCGACUCGAGUCUCAUGUUUACAUAUAUCAAAGUUUCACCAUAAAAGGAUAUUAGACCAUUUCCAGUCUUCUACAUUAUUUGUUUCGCAGGUAAGGUAGCCAUCAAUUUUCAACUUUAUCGCUCAAGCAGAUGAAUGACUUGCUGCAGCUAGAAAGCUCAAGUUCAGCUCAGAUAAAUACAGAUGCUUUUGAAGAGGGUCAGAUUGUUUUGGGAAGGAGGAUAAUCUGCGGAUCACUCAGCUACUGUCUGUUGAAAAUUACACUGAAAGUCUGUGUAAAGUUUACAGUCUGCCAUGCUGUUGUUUCUGCAUUGAGAUUCGACUGACAAAAUGUGAGUUGGCUCUGGCUCUUUUUAACUGGUGAUUGAAAUCAUCAGUGUUUCCCCUACCAUUAUAUUAGGGGGGGCGGCCCGCCCCUCCAACGCCCCCCGCCCCCCCAACCUUGAAGGUUUUUUUUUUGUUUUUUUUAAAGAUUUAU